UCACGAGUGCGAUUGUCCUGCCCUCUGGCGGCCACGGGGACCACGGCGCGAACACUCCACAACGUCGAGGGCCCGGCAGGCAAGCGGGAAGGAGGAUCGACCCAGCUGGGAGGCUGUAACUGGAAAAUGAGAAUUUGGAACGCCCACCCUUUCACAGAAAGCUAAAAGCCACAGAGAUCCCUUUUUUGGAGGGAUGACUCGAGAUGAAGAUGAGGAUGAUGAGGAGGAAGAAGAAGGAACCACAUGGAGCCGGGGGAGUCGGAGGUUUGAUGGUCCCCAGCCUCCUGAGGAAUUUGGCUUUGGCUUCAGCUUCAGCCCAGGUGGAGGGAUGCAUUUCCAAGAUCACUUUGGCUUUGAUGACCUAGUACGGGAUUUCAACAGCCUCUUCAGCGAGAUGGGGGCCUGGACCUUACCUUCUCACCCUCCUGAACUUCCAGGUCCUGAGUCAGAGACACCUGGUGAGAGACUGCGGGAGGGACAAACACUGCGAGACUCAAUGCUUAAGUAUCCUGAUAGUCAGCAGCCCAGGAUCUUUAGAGAAGUCUUGGAGAGUGAUCCAGGAACUGAAUCCCCAAAGUCAGCACCAGGCUGGGGGUCCCAGAGACCUUUUGAUAGGUUUGAUGAUAUAUGGCCUGUGACUCCUCAUCCUAGAGCCAGAGAAGACAAUGACCUUGAUUCGCAGGUCUCCCAGGAGGGGCUUGGCCCAGUUCUACAGCCCCAGCCCAAGUCCUACUUUAAGAGCAUCUCUGUGACCAAGAUCACUAAGCCAGAUGGGGUUGUAGAAGAGCGCCGGACUGUGGUGGACAGUGAGGGCCGGCGAGAGACCACAGUGACCCGUCAGGAAGCAGACAGUGAUCCUAGAGCUGAUCUAGAAUCACCAAGACCUCCAGCUCUGGAUGAUGCCUUUUCUAUCUUGGAUUUAUUCUUAGGACGUUGGUUCCGGUCCCGGUAGCCUUGUUAAACUACAGAGGCCUUCAGGUUGUUUCCAUAUCCCACUUCUUGCUCUCUAUCAACAAGCGUUAGUGUCUUCUGUCAUCUCAGGAUCUUGGGAGUGUGGAGCAGGGAACUGGGGUUGUAUCAGUCUGUCAUUCACCCAGACUGACCAAUAAAACUUUUAUUUAUGCUAA